AUGGUCAAGACCACAUUCUCCCACAAAAUUGAUCCCUGUGUUGCCAAGAUUACUCAAAGAACUGGCUGCAGUGCCCUUUACCUUGUGACUUGUGACAAGGUUACCGACCAGUACUGGCCCUGCAGUUUUGCCUCCCCGCGCCUUGAGGCAGCCAUUGCUGUACCUGUUCAAGCUCAAUCCACAGGAACUGGCAAUGCACUUCAACUUGCUGGCUUGCUAUACCAGAGAGAGCAGUGCCAACAUCAUGAGAAAGUCAAUCCGGGAUAUGGUAUUGCAAAAACUUUGAGGUCGUCAUGCGGUGUCCCAUACAACCAGCUCCCAUCCAUGAUGGAGUGGGUGAAUUACAACAAGUGGGCCAUCCAUUAUGGAGUCAAGCUCCAUGGCUUUCCAGGAGGUGUCAUCAAAAGCCCAACCACCAUCUCCACUGUCCCCUUGUUGGCCGAGGUCAAAGCUGCUUUGAGGGAGGGUCAAUGCUUCUGGUGCAAGCUAGAGCCAGACAAAUGGGAGGCCCAGAAGGCUGCAGGGGACAGUGUUGGCCUUGAUGCCACUGGCAUUGACUCCACAGCCCCUACUGGCCCCCCAAUUGAUGGCCAUGCAUUGGACUACCAACCAUCUGGACAGCUGGAGCUGGGCUUUGUCACCAGCGAGGCAUUCAGUGCCAAGGCCCCCCCUGCUAAGUCUGGAUCCUGGCUUCACAUUGUAUGA